AUGAGCGUGCUACAGGAUCUAAAGAUCACCAGAAAGGCAUUAGAACAUUGGACGGAUAAUAUAUGUUGGGGGAAAGAUGGUACAUUAUAUAUUUCGACCCAACCACAAUUGACUGUAUGUGAGCCGGUAUUUAAUAAGCCAAUGGAAAGACAGUUGAAGAGCUUAUUCCACUCAAAGGAGCUGGAUCUGCCAAAACCUGACAACAAAUUUGAGAAUUCGCAGUUUGAUGAGAAUCAAUUACUUCUAUCGCAACCUGAGCCUGUGAUUGAAAGAUGUAUUCCAUCUUCUCAUCCGGGAUUGAUUGCUGCUAUUACGAAACAUGGUAAUGUUAUCCUUUAUCAGGGGAAUAAUUUGGUAAGCCAAAUUGAUAAUCCCAAUGCACCACUCCCAACUCGUGCAUAUCAUUCACUCUGUUGGAAUGAAAAAAGCGACCUACUAUUUACUGGGUCAGAAACAAAUUCAGUAGAGAUAUUCUCGGUAUCAGUAUUAGCUGGAAGCCUGGUAUCUGCAUCAUAUAAAGCUAGCAUACAAUUGAGCACUGCGGAUGCUGGUAAUAAUCAAACCUGGGUAACACACAUGAGAUACAAGGAUGGGUUAAUUGUAUGUGCGAACAGCAACAACGAAGUAUAUGUCGUAAACUUAGAGACAGAGAGUGCGAAGAAAAUUAAGAAUGCCUCAAGGUGUGCAAUUACAGACAUUCAAUUUGUUGGUAAUAAUAUUCUAAUAUCAAGUAUCGGAUCGUUAGUCAGUUACAAUACAAAACAGAAUAUAUCUUCAGCAGAAAAGUUUGAUAUAUGUGCCGAAUUUUUUAUCAUUCCAUUGCCAGAUGAAGAAAGUGCAAUACUUUUAUCAAAUAAGACAGGGGUGAAGGUUCAAUUUAAAGAUUCAGGAUUUAUUCUUUCAUCGGAUGAUAUUAUUUCCCCUACGUUAGAGAAGAGAUUUUUAAAAUGGAACAAUACUUUCAACGAAUAUCAUAAAUAUGAAACAAAACUGUAUAUUCGUGGAUGUACUAUAUCUCCCGAUGGGUAUACUGUUGCAGUGUUAUAUGAUAUAGAGAAAGUUCUCUUAAAAUAUUCGAUUCCGUCCGAACAAGUAUUCAGACUUCUGAUACUACCAUUGUCAAAUAAAUGGGAAGUCUCUGAUAAAGCUUCCGGAUUAGCAUGGUACCAAUCUUAUGCAAUAUACAAUGAAUUACCCAUGAAUAAUGCCUGCUUAUCAAAAUCAUCAGAAUUCGACUGCUCUCUUUCGUUUCCCGAUUACCUAUCCUCCAUUCUUGAGAGUAAAGACCUAUUAACUUGGCGCUUUAAUAAUCUCAUCGAGGACGUUCCCUCGGCCAAAAAAAUACAUGAAUACAUUUUCAUGUACGUAAUGAAACAUCUGGACGAAGUCGAAAACCCAUUGGAUAAAGCUUACACUAUAUGGUUGUCUCAGUUGUUAGAGAGAAAAGUAGACUUAGAACUAGACCCCAUCACUUUCAAUGGCCCAUUCAUUUCGGAAGAGUUUGAUUUCCAGAAAAAUGCUAACCAAGAUAUUAUAACAUCAGAACUGAAUCAUAAAUGGAGAAGAUGUAGUGUGACUGGUUUUCCUCUCCUCAGUACUUUUAUUAGAAUUUGUCCUGUUAGUAAAACUCGUGUGAUUGAUAUCGAACAAGACAAACUAAAUGAGUACGGGUGGCUUUCGACUACAGUACUGAAAACGUUUGGAAAUAUUAGUAUAUUUACAGGUACAAAAAUGACUAAUGUAUAA